UGAAACUCGGUUGUUCUGACCAAGUAGCAGUCGUCAUUUCCGGACGAUUAGUUUUGCGUUUUUGAUCGGAAUUCACGUCAAGCUGGUCGUUUUAGCCACUCUACAGCUAUUGAUCCCGUUCCGUGGGCUCUUCCUUACUCUAAUCAUAGGCUCUCCGCGCGAUCUCGGCUCCCUUUCUCCGUGCGUCUAGUCCCUCGUCCUUCCGCCCGUCUGUCCGGUCGUCCGUCCGUCCGACCGUCCCCGCAACCUUAGCUCCGCAUUCGACCAUGGACUCCCCCCAGCAAAUUGCUGGCACUGACACAAACGAGCAGUUUCGGCCAGAGGAGCCUUAUAAAGUGGAGGAAGGCGUGCAGAACGGCGAGCAGAAGGGCGAGCAGAACGGCGUGCAACAAGAGGAGAACGGCGUGCAGGAAGAGAAAGUUCAACAGGAGGCGGAGGUACAAGAGGACGGCCAGCAGAACGGACACAGUAAACCAGAUCAACAAAGCCAUACCCAGCAGUCGCAGCCGCAGCCGCACCACCACCACCACCACCAUCACCUCCGGUUACCGUUUCACCACCACCAGCUCACGCCGGAAGAGCAAGCAGCUAAGGUGGAAGAGCUGCGCGCGGCCAUCGGGCCCGUGGAGGGCGCGAUCGCGCUCUUCUGCACGGACGCGUGUCUGCGGCGCUACCUGCGCGCGCGCAGCUGGCACAUGAAGAAGGCGGAGAAGAUGCUGCAGGACUCCAUCGCGUGGCGCCGCGCCUUCCAACCCGAGCGAAUCCGCUGGGCUGACGUGGCGAAGGAGUCGGAGACGGGCAAGGUGUACCGCGCGCCGUUCACGGACAAAUUCGGCCGCCCCGUGCUCGUCCUGUGCCCCGGCAAACAGAACACGGAGGACCACGAGGGCAACAUCCGGCACAUGGUGUACUGCAUGGAGAACGCAGUCGCCUCCUUGCCCGAGGGCAUGGAGCAGAUGGUGUGGAUCAUCGACUACAAGGCGUUCACGCUGCGCAAGUCGCCGCCCAUGAAGACGUCCCGCGAGGUGCUGCACAUCCUGCAGAACCACUACCCCGAGCGGCUGGGCGCGGCGAUUCUCUUCGACCCGCCGUAUCUCUUCCAAGGGCUCUGGAAGGUGAUCCGCCCGUUCAUUGACCCAGUGACUUUCCAGAAGAUAAAGUUUGUGUACCGCAAGAGUGCACCAUCACUCAAAGUUAUGGAGGAGCUCUUUGACACGUCGCAGCUCGACGCGUCAUUGGGUGGGACAGGGGACAACUUUGUGUAUGACCAUGCGGCAUAUUCAUCCCGCAUGGAGGCUGAGGAUGCGCGGAAUGCCAAGGUGUGGGCGCUUGAUGGGCUCAAGGAGGCGCUCAAUGGGGCUUCUAAUGGUGCAGGCAUUGCUCCAGCUGUCUAACCAAAUCGGGGGAUAUGGAGGACGGCAUAUACUUAUUCUUUUUUUAACUCGCUUUUUAUGCUCACUUCGUAGCGUUUUUUCACAUUUUGAACAAGUAUCGGUUGCAAAAUACCGGUAUAAUGUUCAUACCAAUACAAUAUUCACUCAUUGUUUGCUUGCCCAA